UCUUCAAGGCAUGUUAAUGGCCUCUGCAAAUUAAUGCCUUCAAAAGUGGUCUACCUUCUGUGGAAACAGGUAAAGACUAGCGUUGGCCAAGACGCGUGGUUAACCCAGAAAGACGAGAUUCGCGAAAACUAAGGGCGUGGAGGGAACGCGCCAGAGAUGGCGGUAACAGUGUUUUUAUAUCAAAAAGAACAAGAACAGGAAAAGAUUAAAGAGAGUGAGAAUUAAGAAAUUGAAAAUGAAAACCCAUAUGUGAAUCAAUCUCUCUUCUCUACAGCAUCAUCUGACAAACCCAACAAUUAUUAUUAUUAUUAUUUUCCCAAUAACCAAAAAGAAAAAAAGAAAAAUCAAAAUCUUUAUGGGAGAGAGAAAGGCUGUUCGUAGUUUUUUCUUCUCUUGUUUUAAAUCAAAAUCAAAAUACACCAUCACAAUCUUCUCUUCUUUUUAUUUUUUUAUUUUUCAACCUUUAGUAAUAACUAUGAUAUUAAUUAUUAUUAUUUGUUGUUGUGUAUGCAUUUGGUUUAUGUUCCUUAAAUCGCCAUCUCACCGCACAUCUCAAUCACACCAAAAUCCAAAACAUGAUCAGCCAAUUCGAUUCUUUAGAAGGACAGCGUCUGCUCCUUUUUGUUCCAGAGAGAGAAACCGUCUGAAUUUUUAUUGUUCGUCUUUUUACUCGAUACUCUAAACCUAAUUUUCUUUUAAUACAGCUGAAACAACACCCAAUUCGUUUCUCUUGCUUGUUGAUUGAGCGAUCUUCUUGGUUUUGUUUUUUUGGGCUGGAUAGUGAGAAAUGGAGGGUGGAAGUGAAGCGGAGAAAAUGAAGCCGCCUGAAGGUGAUACCAAGUCCAAGCGCAAAAUGAAGACCUCUUCUCAGCUUGAAAUUCUUGAAAAAACUUAUGCUGUGCAUAGUUACCCGUCGGAAGAGGUACGAGCGGAAUUAUCUGUGCAGUUGGGUUUGUCAGAUCGGCAGUUACAGAUGUGGUUCUGUCACCGGCGUCUGAAAGACCGGAAGGCGCCACCUAUAAAGCGUCAGCCGAAAGAUUCUCCAUCCGUGGUAUCAGUGUCAGCUGGCGAUAAAGAAUUGGCGGGAACUGACUCGAGCCCCUUUGGGCGGGCAGGUGUGGCAGUUCAGAGGAUGGGGGGUCACGUGGCGGCAAUGAAGAGGUACUAUGAAAUGCCGACUCCUCAACAGAGUAUGAAAGAGCUGAGAGCUAUUGCUUUUGUUGAGGCGCAGCUAGGGGAGCCUUUGAGAGAGGAUGGGCCCAUUCUCGGAAUGGAAUUUGAUCCUUUGCCGCCUGAUGCAUUUGGUGCACCUAUAGGACCAGCGAUAGGGGGACAGCAGAAGUACCCUGGACACCCCUUUGAGGGCAAACAGUAUGGCCGACCUGAUGGGAAACCAGUCAAGGAUAUGUUCACAGUUCAUCCUCAGGGCCUCACUAGGACUCUUCAUGAAUACCAAUUUCUUCCUGAGCAGCCAACUGUUAGAGCCGACACUUAUGAAAGAUCUGCUCCAUCCUACCACUAUGGUUCACCUGUUGAUAGUUCAAACUCAAGGAAUCCAUCAGUGUCUACUGGGCGCUUAUUUAUGCAUGGGAAUGAACAAGUAUCCUCUGGAUAUGCUUUUCCAGGUCAUCUGCCUAGUUUAAAUCUUCUGUCUCAACAAGGCAGGCAGAACCACCUUUUGCCGUCUGCUUCAGAAGAGUAUGAAAAUGUUCCACGAAAGAACUCCUUUAUAAACACUGCUUUGGGUCCUCAUUUAGGCACUCAUGUGACUACAACACUGGAAAAUCAAUUUGUACCAUCUGACAGGAAGGUUACUCCUGAUGAGGAUGCUUUACGGUUGGAAAAAAGGCGCAAGAGUGAGGAGGCAAGAAUAGCACGGGAAGUUGAAGCACAUGAAAAACGGAUACGGAAAGAACUUGAAAAACAAGAUAUUUUGAGACGAAAGAGAGAAGAACAAAUUAGGAAAGAAAUGGAAAGGCAGGACCGUGAAAAGCGAAAGGAGGAGGAAAGGCUGUUGCGUGAAAAGCAGAGGGAGGAAGAGAGAUACUUGAGGGAGCAGAGGCGUGAAUUGGAGAGGAGAGAGAAGUUUUUGCAGAAGGAAUCAAUUAGAGCUGAGAAAAUGAGACAAAAAGAGGAACUACGCAGAGAAAAGGAGGCAGCACGGCUUAGAGCUGCCAAUGAGAGAGCUAUUGCUCGCAAAAUCGCUAAAGAGUCAAUGGAGCUUAUAGAGGAUGAACGGUUGGAACUCAUGGAAUUAGCUGUGUCUAGUAAAGGACUUCCUUCAAUACUAUCUCUUGAUUUUGAAACUCUGCAAAAUCUUGAAUUAUUUAAAGAUGUAUUAUGUCCCUUUCCACCCAAAUCUGUGAAAUUGAAAAGGCCUUUUGCAAUUCUACCAUGGAAUGGUUCUGAGGAGAAUGUAGGGAAUCUUCUCAUGGUCUGGAGGUUCUUAAUCACUUUUGCAGACAUUCUUGGGCUUUGGCCUUUUACCCUUGAUGAAUUUGUCCAAGCUUUUCAUGAUUAUGAUCCAAGGUUGUUAGGUGAAAUACAUGUUGCUCUUCUAAGAUCAAUAAUUAAAGAUAUUGAGGAUGCUAUGACGACACCUGUGACUGGGCUAGGAGCAAAUCAAGGUAGUGCUGCCAAUCCUGGUGGUGGGCAUCCGCAGAUUGUUGAAGGGGCAUAUUCUUGGGGAUUUGAUAUACGCAGUUGGCAGCACCACUUAAAUGCAUUAACAUGGCCGGAAAUAUUGCGGCAAUUUGCUCUAUCUGCUGGAUUUGGUCCGCAGCUGAAGAAAAGGAAUAUUGAGCAAGCAUGUCUUCAUGAUGACGAUGAGGGGAAUGAUGGUGGAGAUAUAAUUUCGAAUUUACGCAACGGAGCUGCAGCAGAAAAUGCUGUUGCCAUAAUGCAAGAAAGGGGUUUCUCCAAUUCUCGAAGAUCUAGGCAUCGUUUGACACCUGGGACAGUUAAAUUUGCGGCAUUUCAUGUUCUUUCCCUUGAGGGAAGCAAGGGCUUGACAAUAUUAGAGGUUGCAGACAAAAUUCAGAAAUCUGGACUGAGGGAUCUUACAACGAGCAAGACACCAGAGGCUUCUAUUUCUGCUGCUUUGUCUAGGGAUUCUAAGCUUUUCGAGAGAAUAGCUCCUUCAACAUAUUGUUUACGUGCAGCUUAUAGGAAAGACCCGGUUAAUUCUGAGGAAAUACUUUCUGCAGCCAGGGAAAGGGUUCGAAUAUUUAAUAGUGGAUUUAUUGAUGGAGAAGAGGCUGAUGAUGCUGAAAGAGAUGAAGGCUUUGAAAGUGAUAUGGCAGAGGAUCCUGAGCUUGAUGAUUUAGGGACUGAAUUGAAUCUGAAGGGGAAACAUAAUGCACAGGAAGCAAAGAGUUUUACAAAAACUCUCUUGGGAAACAGAUUGGAGAGCAAUGAAGUUACAGAAAUUCCACUGGGCAGCCUUGGGCCAUCUGGUGAGGGCCUGUCUUCAAAGAGUUCAGAAUGCUUCAAUGAAAUAAAAGGAUUUGAUGGUUUGCUUGGUCAAGCCAAUGCAGAUAUUGACGAAAGCAAUCCUGGUGAACCAUGGGUUCAAGGACUAAUGGAGGGGGAUUAUUCUGAUCUCUCUGUUGAGGAGCGGCUUAAUGCUCUUGUUGCUUUAAUUGGUGUGGCAAUUGAAGGAAACUCAAUUCGUAUUGUGCUUGAGGAACGCUUGGAAGCUGCAAAUUCUCUGAAGAAGCUAAUGUGGGCAGAGGCUCAACUUGAUAAACGGCGUAUUAAGGAAGACUACGUAUCAAAACUGAAUUUUUCAGCACAUAUAGGGAAGAAGACAGAACCAAAUUUUGCAAAUUCUUUGGUGGAGGGUAGGAGAAGCCCUUUUGUUGUUAUUGAUGACAAACAUGAUGAGACAUCGGUGGACCUUAUCGUUAAGCAAGAAGGGUUAAGUGAUCAGCAGAAUGACCAGAAUGGUAAUAUGCCACCUGAAGGGAAUUUGCAGAUGCAAGAUUACACUAUUGGUGUUGAUAAUCUCCAAUAUCAGCAAGCAGGAUAUGCUGCUGAGAAGUCACGCUCACAGUUGAAGUCAUAUAUUGGCCACAGGGCAGAAGAAAUGUAUGUGUAUAGAUCAUUACCUCUUGGUCAGGAUCGCAGGCGUAAUCGAUACUGGCGUUUUAUUACAUCUGUAUCUCAGAAUGAUCCUGGAUGUGGAAGGAUCUUUGUUGAGUUAUGUGAUGGUCGUUGGAGAUUGAUUGAUUCCGAAGAGGGUUUUGAUGCUUUGUUGGCCUCUUUGGAUCCUCGUGGGGUUAGGGAAUCCCAUUUGCACUCAAUGUUGCAAAAGAUUGAGAUACCCUUUAAGGACACCGUUAGGAGAAGCAUGGUAAAUGUGAACGCACACAGAAAAAGUAAAGAAACUGCCAGGCCAAAAUCUUUUGAAACAGUUCCUUGCCCUGAUUACAAUAUUGACACUGAUAGCCCCAGCAGUACUGUGUGUGUUUCAGAUUCUGAUAUGUCAGAGACCUCAACAACCUUUUCAAUUGGGCUGGGGAGGAAUGUAACUGAGAGAAACGAUGCCUUGAAGAGAUAUGAAGAUUAUGAGAAGUGGAUGUGGAAUGAAUGUGCUAAUUCUUUAGUAUUGCAUGCCAUGAAGUAUGGGAAGAAAAGGUGCAAGCAAGUGAUGAGUGUAUGUGAUUACUGCCAUGAUGUUUAUUUUUUUGAAGGCAACCACUGUCCAUCUUGCCAUGGGACGUUUAAUCCUUUCAAUGGAAACUUUAAUUUUUCUGAACAUGUGACACGAUGUGAAUGGAAACCGAAAAUUGAUGACUGUGCUUGUGAUGUUUCUCUAGCUUCUCCUUUGAGACUUGGAUUGCUUAAACUGCUAUUAUCAUUUGUUGAGGUUUGUAUUCCAUCAGAAGCUCUACAACCUGAUUGGACUGAUGGGCGUAGAAAAUCAUGGGGUGCAAAGCUCGAUUCCUCAUCAUCGAAACUUCUUCAGAGUCUGACACAGUUGGAGAGUGCCAUAAAGAGGGAUUAUCUAUCUACAAAUUUUGAAACAACUAGUGAGUUGUUGGAUUCAACUAAUGCAGUAGCAGCAUGCACUCUUAAUAGUUCUUCCAGUCUAGAAAGGGUUUGUAUUCUACCAUGGGUACCACACACAACGGCUGCUGUAGCUCUAAGGCUGAUGGAAUUUGAUGCAUCCAUAUCUUAUCUGCCACAUCAGAAAGUGGAAUCUCAGAAGGACAAGAAAGAAGGUGACUUAAUGUUUCCAUCAAAAUAUGGUGUUGUCAAGAAUUCCAGAGUUGAUGAAGCUGUCGUAGAAACUCCAUAUCAAGCCAAUUAUUCCCAAGAGGGAAAUUGGAUUGAUGUGGGGAUUGGACUCACUGGCCAGAACCGUGGUCGAACAAACCGUGGUAGAAUUCGUGGAUGCACCCGUGGUGGAAGAUCUCAUAGAAGGGUAGCUCGUUCCAGAUCUGAAUCUGGUAAAAAGAUUAUAAACAGCAGCAAUGAUAGAUUGGGGAGGGUACUGGUAUGGAAAGAGCAACCUCGUGGACGAGGGCGCAAGCGUGGUUGUCGCAGUGCUAGAAGUAGACAGAAAGCAGCAAAGAAGGUGGUUGGGGUUGUUGGAGAUAGAGAUACUCCAAAAGGAAACAUCUUUGAGAAAUCAACAAAUUUAACGAGGAAUGAAUGGAAUAGGGACGAAAUGACAAAAUUGCGAGAAGAAGAACAUGAUGAAAAUGGCAGUAGCUCAGAAAGUUCAGAGUAUGAUGAUGAAAAUGGACAAGCAACAGGGGAUGAAUAUGAUGAUAUGUUGGAGACGUAUGGCUGUAGUUUUGAUGGGAGGCCUAAUGACCUACAGGAGGUGAGUGAUGAUAAUGUAAAUGGCAAUGAAGAAGGUGAGGAUGAUGAAGAGGGAGAUUUGGAUGUUGAGGAGUACAUAAAGGAGGAGUCAGAUGAAGAAGGUAUGAGGCUAGCAGAUGAAGAUGGGAAUGUAGACCCUGAACAAGGUACAGGAUCAACUUCUACAGAUUUUAGUGAGUAAAGGAUAGGCAGCUUAACUGUUAAGAGAGAUAUUUAAUGUAGAACAAAUGUAACAUUGUGAAAUUCUAUUCUUUUGUUGGAUGAUGCCCGUUGGCAUAAUGUAUAACUAUACAGAGGGAAAGAUGAUUGUCCAGUCCUGAGCACCUUCACUUUACUAAAUGUUACACAUAAAUGAAUGCUCCCCUUUCAUUGCUGUGCAA